UACGUCAACGUCACUUACCGAUAGCGAGAUAUUUAUUAGAUCGGUCAAAAAUUUUAUUUUCAAAAUAAGUUAAUAAAGUUUGCCACAUACGCACCAUCCAAGUAAAUUCAUAUUAUAAAUCAUGAGUACGAAAAGCCGUGUGAUAUUAGUGACUGGAGGUUCGGGGCUAGUUGGUCAAGCGAUAAAAACGGUAAUUGACGAAGAGAAGUCGCAAAAUCAUGAUGGUUCAAAGGAUGAAACUUGGAUAUUCUGUGGAUCUAAGGAUGGGGACCUCAGAGAUAAGGCACAAACGGAUGCUUUGUUUGAGAGACAUCAACCCACACAUGUUAUACAUUUAGCUGCUAUGGUUGGGGGGCUAUUCCACAACAUGGCACACAAUUUAGAUUUCUUUAGGGAGAAUAUGGCUAUAAACGACAAUGUCUUAAAUGCCAGCUAUAAACAUAAUGUAAAGAAAGUAGUAUCCUGUCUAUCUACAUGUAUAUUCCCUGAUAAGACAACAUAUCCAAUUGAUGAAACCAUGGUGCAUAAUGGUCCUCCCCACACUUCAAAUUUUGGCUAUAGCUAUGCGAAGAGAAUGAUAGAUGUACUAAACAGAGGUUACCAGGAGAUGUACGGUUGCACGUUCACGUCGGUGAUACCGUGCAACGUGUUCGGCCCCUACGACAACUUCAACUUGCAGGCUAGCCACGUCAUCCCCGCACUCAUUCGGAGAAUGGACGACGCUAUGCAGAAAGGUGACCAGCAGUUCACGGUGAUGGGUAGCGGGAAGCCGCUGCGUCAGUUCAUAUACUCGCUGGAUCUCGCCAGGCUGUUCAUUUGGGUACUGCGGAACUAUGACAGCGUGGAGCCCAUCAUAUUAUCAGUUGAUGAGGAAGAUGAGGUCCCAAUAAGUACAGUAGCAGAGAUGAUAAAGAAAGCUCACGGGUUCUCCGGCGAAAUUGUUUACGACGUUACAAAGGCAGACGGCCAGUACAAAAAGACUGCUUCGAACAAGAAACUCAGGAGUUUAUACAAAGACUUCAAGUUCACACCGUUCGAAACUGCCAUACAUGAUACAGUCGCGUGGUACAAACAAAAUCGAGAACACGCCAGGUUAUAAAUAAUAAUAAUUGUAAAACGGGGUAAAUAGAUACCGG